CAGUCCUCGGAGCGCGAGUCGCGCGACCAACAGAUGUUGCUGGUUGACUCGGACCUCUCGCGACUACCACUGCCAGACCUAGUGCUCUCCGCCAUGCAACAGAUGCCACCACCACCACCCCAGGUGACCUCCUCGGCACCCAACAGUCCGACCCGCGACGCGACCUUCCAGUUCCCGGAGUGCGGAGGCAUCGCCAGCAACAACACCAAUAGCAACACCCACAGCAACAGUAAUUUAAGCAGUGCAAGCUCACUGGAGAACAUAAUUGCCGGCGCCAACAUAUCGGCUAUGAUGCCAUCGGCGAUGGCACCGGUGCCAAGUCCGAGACCAAAGCCCCGUAGGCGCAGGCUCACGUCCGAGGGAUCAUUGCCGGACAAAGCAGAAUCGAGGCUUGAAUGCAGCGCCACACACGGUAACUGCUGCGUGCACCAUCUUGCCAGUAGCCUAGACGAGAGGGAGUGGGCGACCGUAGGGGCUAAUCUCAGGACCAUCGCUGACGACUUCCACGCAGCUAAAACCAAGGUUGGUUGA